AUGCCUUCGAGCACCGUGAUUCCUUCUCCCACAGCAUCAUCAUCAGCCGCUCCCAAUUCCGGUGGUGGAGGACCGACCAGCUCUCCCUUACUCUUCUUUGUGGCCUUGGGCUUUGGCGUCGUGUUCACAAAUCUAUGGAUUAUCGUAGGUGUCAAGUACUGCUUCAGGUACAAUCAAAGGAAUCGUCGGGCGCAACAGGACGAAAAUGGCGAACCAAUAGACAUGACGGCGUUGCCGAGGACGCACAGACGGAGAAGAGAGAAAAAAUUGAUGUCAAUGGAGGAAGUCAACGAGCGCUUUCCUCUAAUGAAAUACAAAGCAUGGAUGACUACACGUGCCGAAGAAGGUCUACCUACUGCUGGGGGAGUUGCUGCUCCUUCGGGAAGUAGGGCCGCCAGUCUGAGAAAUGCUGAUGGAGCGAUACCAAUGGCAAAACAAUCGGAAGAAGUGAAGAGACCACAAACCCCCGCAGAAAGCCAUAUAACGGAGGAGAAUAAGGACAGCCCACGAUCUACAAAGGCUCCCGAAACCCUCGCGGCCCCAGAAGAGCAGCAACCGAGCGACGCAGAGACUAAGAAGUCCGAAGUGAAAGCGGAAGACGCGAAAGGGACACUUGAAGCUACGCCUAAUGCCGCCACUUCAUCGGAAGAACAAACACAGGAAGAGCUCGAUGAUGACGAUCAGAUCCAGAUGGCUGUUCCUACCGAAAUGCUGGCGAAUCCUGGUGACUCCUGUGCUAUCUGCUUGGACACUCUCGAAGAUGAUGACGACGUUCGAGGAUUGACAUGUGGCCAUGCAUUCCACGCUAGCUGUCUCGACCCCUGGCUGACCAGCCGUCGUGCUUGUUGUCCCUUGUGCAAAGCGGAUUACUACGUAGCGAAGCCACGCCCAGAAGGCGAAGCCGCUGCUGAUGCUGAACGACAUGCUGGCCGCCACUCUGCUGGUGCGAGGGGGGAUAUGCCCAAUCCACCUCAAUACGCUUUCAUGGGUCAUAGCAACGGUAGGCCAAGGAUGCUGCUCCCUGGCCGCUUCUUGCAUCUCGGUAUAGAAGACAAUGCACGAGAUCGGUACGGGUUUCCUUCUCAGCGACGCCCGUCAAGACGUCCGGCAGCAAAUCAGCGCGCACUCGCUUCGAAUGCCAAUAACGCGACCACGAUCGAGACUGAAGAGCCAAACACCUGGAGGUCGAGAAUGCGAGGCAUGACUCCUUCGAUGCCCAGCGUGUCAAACCCAUUCAGGAGGAACAAUGAUUCUGGCAAUGAUAAUGUUGGAGGUGGGGCCCCGGAGAUUAACAACGGUGCCACUACGACACCGGGUCAACUUGAGGCUGGCCAGCGAUAA